AUGUAUGUCUACUACUCGGAGGAAGAGGCCGACGCAGAACUAGACGGCCGUAGACCUUCACUGUAUGGUCCCGACCGCACGUUUCGACGAGCAAAGCGGGCGUGGAAGGUCCUCAUUACCGCAUGCACCUUCGCAUUUGCCGUCGUCAUGGUGUCGGCAAUUAUCUUGCACCGCUUCCCAUGGUACGCCCAGGCGUGGGCAGACGUCCUCGGCAUCGCCGUGGCCGUCUUUGCUUGCAUCCAGUGGAUUCCCCAGGUGCGGACCACAUGGCAUCUGGGUCGUCUGGGAAGUCUCAGCCCCGUGGCUAUCUGCCUCACUGCUCUCGUAGGUUUGGUGUUCCGCAGUGCAAAGCUGACAACUUCCCGCUGGUCAAAGUACACCUGGAUCUUCGGAAUCAACAGAGUGAUCCGAGUCGGGUUGAAGGGCUGA